AUGGCCCCCAAACUUUUCCAGCCAACCAAAGUCGGCCUGGUAUCCCUCAACCAUCGCGUUGUUUUGGCUCCUCUCACGCGUUUCCGUGCAUCGAACGUGCAUAUACCCCAUACUCGCAUAGUGAAAGAGUACUACGAACAACGUGCUCAUACCCCCGGGACCCUUCUGAUCACCGAAGCUACGUACAUCGCUGAAAGAGCAGGAGGAUACAACAAUGCUCCGGGAAUUUGGAAUCAACAUCAGAUAGACGCGUGGAAAGAGAUCACGGAUGCCAUCCACGCAAAAGCUGUGGGCUCUAGGCCGGUCAGCAGAUCCGAAAUUACUGGCGUCCAAGGGUCUACCAACGUCUCUGCAUCUGACGUCCAAUUAUCAUCUGAAACUGUCGCCCCUCGUCCGUUGACUAUCGAAGAAAUUAAAGAAUACGUCGAGUUAUAUGCGCAGGCUGCUCGGAAUGCUGUCAGUGCGGGAUUUGACAGAGUGGAGAUUCAUGGAGCCAACGGUUAUCUUUUGGACCAGUUUACACGGGACGUGACGAACAAACGGACUGAUAUGUACGGAGGUAGCAUCGAGAACAGGGUUCGAUUCCCAUUAGAGGUUGUGGAUGCUGUUGCUGAGGCCAUCGGGCCAGAGAGAGUCGGUUAUCGCAUCAGCCCGUGGAAUCAUCCCAAAGAUACGACGAUGGUCGACCCGAAGCCUACAUUCGGAUACCUGGCAUCGCAAUUAAAGGCACGACAGCCUCGGUUAGCAUACCUGCAUGUUGUGGAGCCGAGAAUGCUUUGGAUGGAUGACCGGAAGGAUGAGGAGAUCGGGGUGGAUGAGGAGAACGAUUUCAUUCGGAGUGUCUGGUCUCCGAAGCCGCUGAUAUCGGCUGGAGGGUAUCAUUGUCAAUCUGCUAUCGAUACUGCGGAAGAUAAAGGAGACUUGAUUGCUUUUGGAAGGCACUUUAUUGCGAACCCCGACCUUGUGUAUAGACUGGAGAAGGACAUUAAGCUCAACCCCUAUGAUAGAAAAACGUUCUACCUUCCUGGUGAAAUUACGCCAACAGGAUACACAGACUAUCCGUUCGCUGAGGAUUAUACUGUCAGGCCAUUAUUAUAG